CCCUGUCCACAGAUCUCACAUAUCAAAGUCCAAGACAUGCUGGCAAAAGUAGAGGGUAAGAGGCCGCAGAAAGGGGGAGGAAAGAAGAGGAAGCACCUCAGGGAAGAUGAAGGGGGAGAGAAAAAGAAGAAGAGGGGGGUUAAGGAUGGACCAAAAGCUCAGAGGGAUGGUGACAAGAAACAUCUGGAUGCUCUGAGUGUGGGCUAUUUCCGCAGAGUGGGAGAGAGGCUAAGUGAAGGCUUUGAAGAUAACGAGGAGAGAGAGAUGUUUGUGGAGAACGUCCUAACAGAAGUUAAAGGUAAAGCGGCCCUGGUGGCGAUGGACCGAACAGGAAGCAUCACUCUGCAGCGGUUGCUCCCGCUGUCCAGCCUUGACCAGGUGGCGGAGGUGCUGGUUGAACUGGGUGGAGAGUCAGGCUCGGAAUUUAAGGCGGUGUCAUGUGACCGAUGUGGUGGCCACGUAGUGGAGAGCGCGCUCAGACAGAUGUCCAGGUGGAUGGAGUCAUCGCCGAGUGAUCCAACAUCUACCACAGAGGAAGAAGAGGAGGCGGGUGGUGGAGCUUUGGAGGUCCAGGUGUUGUCUCUAAGUCAGGUGGUGAGAGACAACAGCGCAGAGUUCAUUAGACACGUUCACGGCUCACACGUGGUCCGCACACUUUUACAUGUGCUGGGAGGAUGUGUGGGACCUCCUCGCACCGAAGCCCGUCCAGGUGCAAAAGAGCGCAGCAUUGCUCCUCAGCUGACAGACUUUGAGAUCCCCACCUCAUUUUGGUACGAAUUGAAGACCCUCACAGAGACCUUGAUGGAAAACAUAAAUCUAAGUGUUACAGAUGCUGUUGCCAGCGCAGUGUUCCAGACCAUGUUGACUGUGUGUCAUAGAAAACGACCCAAACUCUGCAAACAACUCCUCAAACGCAGCAUGGAGUACCUGACGAGCCGCAGUGCCGCUCCUGGAGUUAGUCCACUUCUGGUCUUUCUGAAGGACCAGGCCUCCAGUCAUCUCAUAGAGACGAUUGUACAGCUGUCCCACAAAGCUCUUCUUCGUGACUUCUACAAAAACCACCUAAAGGGCCAUCUGGUCGACUUAGCCCUCCAUCCCAUCGCUAACUUCCCCAUACAAAGGCUAACUGCUGCCUCAGCCAAGUAUAAAAUGUUCCUGAAGUUGUUUGAUGAGCUGGUCCAGGGUGUAGAGGCCAUCUUGGCUGCAGGUCACAUGGGGGUGAUCGUUCAGCUGGCAGAAAGUUGUGCAGAAAGUGGAGAGAAGCAGGAUGAGAUGAUGCAGUGCCUUCUCCGUGCUUUCCACUGUGCAGAGCCAGGCUCUCGACUUGCCACCUGCCUCCCUCUCUUCAUGUCCCUGCUUACUUAUGAGGUGUAUUACCACUCUGACACAGCAGAGGGCGCCAUAAGCAACAAGGUACCUCUGACCUCCAUCUGCUACCAUGGAUCCCGACUGGUCCAAGCACUUGCUAAGUUUAAGGAGCGCUCAUUCCUCCUCAGCAGCCUGCGUGCUCUGAGCCCUGCAGACCUUCUCACUUUGGCUUUAGACCCUGCUGGCAGCCAUGUCCUUCAGUCACUCAUUACUACAUCCAGUGACAAAGGCAGGGGCAAGAUCCUCAAGAGACUGGAGGGCCUGUUCGUCCAAAUGGCCUGCUCCAGGUUGGGAAGCCGGGUACUUGAAGCUGUGUGGAACAGCGCUUCAGUCAGUCAGAGGCAAAGCAUUGCACAGGAACUUGUUACAAGUGAAAGCCAGCUGAGGUCGGAUCAGUUUGCUCGUCACGUGUGGGCCAAGUUUGCCCUCUACCACUUUGUACACAGAAGAGCCCACUGGCAGGAAAUACAGACCGGAGAGUCCAAGAAGCGGAAGCUUUUCAGUGACAUUCUUGAAUGACAAGUUUAUUAUUUUAUCAUCUGUUUAUAUGCUUUUUUUUCCUUCAGUGUAAUUGAGUUAAAAAAAUUAAAAUACUUCCAAAUCUA